AUGUUGCGCCGAUGCAUUCCAGGCCCCGUCGGCCUUCUGCGCGCGGCGACAUGCGUCCGCUCAGUCUUCACGCGCGACCUUCGCACCCACAUCGAGAUCAGUAACGGAAAGGUGACGUACCCGGCGGUGCUGUUGUGGCGGUGGAAGAGCGACCGCCAGCGGCACCUCGUUCUAAGCGUUCACCGCCCCCAUGACGCCGCCGAAACUGCAGAGGCGAAGGCGAGGCCCAAGUCGCAGCAGCUCUCUGCGACGUCAUGCACACCCGAGGAUUACAUAUUUGGCCGUGUGUUUCUCCGGCCGUACAAUGUGGCGCAGCUCCUCGCGGCGCUAGAGGGCAAGGCACAGAGCGUGGAGGUGCUCAAAGAGCACUCGCUGCUGCGGCUGCAACCCGUGGUAUCGCCGACGCCGAAGCGACGGGGUGGCCGCGGUGGCGCGAGCGACGGCAGCACCAGCAGCGCCACGGUUAGUCUGCCGUCGGCCUUCUCACUCGUCGGGGAGCUGACGGCGAAGGUGCCAAUGGCAGGGCAGCCGCACACCGACGAAGACGUGCUGCUGUGCGACGACGACGAUGAAGACGUGGAGGAGGCUGUUCCUGGCACGACGUACAACCUGGGCGAUCGCCGCUCCUUUCGUGCUGUUGUCGAGGGGGCCGAUCUCAUCUUCAUCAUGAAGCACCUCGACGCCGUGCUGAGCGACAUGUUUGGCAUCGAGCACCAGUACCACGCACGGGUGGCACAAGAGCUUCUGCGCAAACGCGAGCGCGGCAACGUUCGCCCGCGCGAGCCAUACCACGGGAGGUACGCAGAGACAGCGCCGCGCUACAGAAGUGAGUCCCUAAACGAUGCGGGCGUGGUGAAAUCGGCCGUGGCACCAGCACCAAACGCGGCUUCUACAGCAACAGAAACAGCGACUACUGGGGCUAAUAGUGGUGGUAGUGCUGCAGGACUGGCGGCUGCAGCGCUGGCCGGGGGCGCUGCUGGGGCGGCGGUGGCCUCAGGCAUCGGCAAGGCCGUGCCGCACAUGCGUGGUAAUGAUCUGAAUGAGGAUGAUGCGAUGGAGCUGGUGGCAGCGGAGGCGGAAAACUUGCCGGACGCCGAGGAGGACGGGGCCGAGGACGAUCUUGCGGCUACGGAUGCGGAUGCGGUGGGCGAUGGCGCCAACCCACAUGACGGCGAUGGCGAGCAGGCCGCCAAGGGGGCCGGCCUCCGCCGCAGAUUCACAAAGACGGACGACGAAAAGGAGGAGGAAGAUGACGAUGAGGAGGAUGACGAUGAAGAGGAUGACGAUGAGGAGGGUGAGUCUGAGGAGGAGGAGGAGGACUAUGGCCCUGAUGAGGAGGAGGAAGAGGAAGAUGAGGAGAGUGAGGGUGAGUCUGAGGAGGAGGACUAUGGCUCUGAUGAGGAUGAGGUUGAGGAGGAGGAGGAGGAGGGUGAGGAAGAGGAAGAGGAGGAGGAGGAGGACGACGAUAAAGAGGAAAACGCCAAGAAAAACACUCGGAAGAAUGGAAUACCACCGCCAGUGCGCCGCCGUUAG